UCAAAGAGAUGGGCAGAACCAACUAAACUACUACUAGGCAGAGUACAGUUCUUGUUUAGGAUGAAAAGCAGACAGGACACAUGACAAAAAUUCUCUCCGUAACCUAACGUGUACUGGGUGACUUGGAAAAGAAAAGGAAUUUUGCAACAUGUAUUUUGUUCUGCGACAAAAUCUUGAGUUGCUUUCUAUACAGCCUAUGUGCCACUGACUGGGCAGGAAUGAUUGAUAAUAUCAGGCGCAUGUCCACCUGCCCUCACUUUCCAGAACUAACCCUAGAGAGAGAAUGCUAAGCUGGGACUCUACGGAAAUACAGUAAACGCUACGCUACGAUGGCCUAAGCCUCACAAGUUCGGACAGGUCACUUGCCCUCUGGGUUAUCAGCCUGAUAUUUUCUAUCACAGAGUUCAAAACUAAGCAGGGAAGGGAGACCACCGUUCCUCGCGUUAUCAGAGGUGAUGGAUGACUCUCCAUCAAACAGCGAUAGGGGAUCAGUGCAUAACCCUGGGGGGAGAGUCUCCGGAGAGCAUAGGGCACUGAAAGCAAGCUGGUACCGGGCAGUACCACCAGACAGGAGUGGGACACAUCCCUGGAGCCCCAAGCCCUGUCCUUUGAUCAGUGAUCCACCUCGCCCAGUGGCCGAUGCCAGGUGCCCCCGCACGUGGCUCGGGUGGAGCUCGGAGGGGCCGGGACCCUCUGGCAGCACAGUCCCAUCGCAAGUUUUCGGCUCCGAGGCAUGGCCACUUGGGCUUCCUCCCUCAUAAGAGAAGCCGGCGUCACCGCGGGAAGGUGAAGACCUGGCCCAAGGAUGAUCCCAGCAAGCCAGUCCACCUGACAGCCUUUCUGGGCUACAAAGCUGGCAUGACGCACAUCCUACGAGAAGUUCACAGGCCAGGAAUGAAGCUUUCCAAGAGGGAAGAGGUGGAAGCAGUCACAAUAGUGGAGACCCCGCCUCUGGUAGUGGUUGGGCUUGUGGGAUACAUAGACACUCCCAGGGGCCUGAGAAAUUUCAGGACCAUUUUUGCUGAGCACAUCAGCGAUGAGUGCAGACGCCGCUUCUACAAGAACUGGCACAAGAGCAAGAAGAAGGCCUUCACCAAGUACUGCAAAAAGUGGCAGGACAAGGAUGGGAAGAAACAGCUAGAGAAGGAUUUUGCGGCCUUGAAGAAGUACUGCAAGGUCAUUCGAGUCAUUGUCCACACUCAGAUGAAGCUGCUCCCUCUACGUCAGAAGAAGGCCCAUGUGAUGGAGAUUCAGCUGAAUGGCGGGACGGUGGCCGACAAGGUGGACUGGGCUCACGAGAAGCUGGAGAAGCAGGUCUCUGUGCACGCGGUCUUCAGCCAGAACGAAAUGAUCGAUGUCAUCGGGGUGACCAAGGGGCGCGGGAUGAAAGGGGUGACCAGCCGCUGGCAUGCCAAGAAGCUCCCAAGGAAAACUCACAAAGGCUUACGCAAAGUCGCCUGCAUUGGAGCCUGGCAUCCAGCCCGCGUGGGCUACUCCAUUGCCCGGGCUGGCCAGAAGGGCUACCACCAUCGCACGGAGCUCAACAAGAAGAUUUACCGUAUUGGCCGCGGGAUCCACGUACAAGAUGGCAAAAUAGUGAAGAACAACGCUGCGACGAACUACGAUGUCACCGAGAAGACAAUCACGCCAUUGGGUGGAUUUCCUCACUACGGUGCAGUCAACAAUGAUUUCAUGAUGCUGAAGGGCUGCGUCAUGGGCACUAAGAAACGCGUGCUCACUCUCAGAAAGUCCCUUCUGGUGCACAGCAGCCGUCGGGCUCUGGAACCCAUCGAACUGAAAUUCAUUGAUACCACUUCCAAGUUUGGCCAUGGCUGCUUCCAGACUGCUCAAGAGAAGAGAGCUUUCAUGGGCCCCCAGAAGAAACACCUGGUGAAGGAGAAGCCAGAAUCCCAGGAAGAAUUGUAGGGGAUUGAAAUACACAUGGCCACCUUAACCUGACACCUCCAAUAAAAGGACUUCAAACCAGG